AUGGUGCGUUGGAGAGACGUGCAGCAUAUUGCCGAGCACCCGGAGGACGAUGGUGACCUUCCUCCACUGGUCUCUCACGAGCCAGUUUUAAUGAGUGAUUCAUGGAGCCCAGAGAAGGGGAUAGAGGACGAAGCACAAAUUGCCACUCCGAGGGAAGAGGAGAGGCCAUCGGAAGCCUCUGGGGAGGAGGAAGAGGAGGAAGAUGAAGAUCCUGAGGAGAUUCUUGAAGUUGAGGAGGAAGAAGAGGAGGAACAGGAGCACUUUGAUCAGGAUUUGCCAGAAGAUCCCUUGCUGCCAGAGCCAGAGGGCAUGCCUGAUGGCCCAUGGCUUGCGGGCGAGGUUGAGUUCUUCAGCGACUUUGACUCCGGAAAUUUGGCGGGUGCACAAGUCGCCCGGCCCAAUCUGUCGCCAGAGCCUCUGUCCAAGAAGGACUUGCGCUCGGCCGAUGUGCAGUGGGCAGCAGAACCUGACGAUCGUAAAAUCCUUUACGAGAUGCUGCACAACUGCAGCGUUCGCAAAGAGCCACAUCCGAAAGCCAAGCUCAUUACCAAGAAGUCGGCUGGAGCGCGCCUGUACGCCAGCUGCCGCGUGACGCUUGGAGGAUGGCAGAAGCUGGUGGACGAGGAUGGCUGGGCUCAACUGGGGCCCGGAGCGGCGCAGUGCGACGAAAGUGCGACGGCCCCGGAAUUGAAGCGUUUCACUCCAAUGGAGGAUCGCCCGACCUCUGGCGAGAGUAAUGAUGUCAACAUGGGUGGCUACCCCACGCCGGCACCAGCAACGCCAGCACCAGCAGCGCCUGCCCCAGCAACGCCUGCGCCAGCACUGCCAGCACUGCCAGCAGACAGUGGUGUGCUGUGCUUCGAAGUGACGGCCCGGGCAGAUUGUGCUGGGACUCCCUUUGCGAGCGAGGAGUGUCAGUGGUUCCACUUCGGCAUCCGUGGCGAAGUGGAAAAGACAAGGCUGCGCUUCCACGUCCUGGGCUUGUCGCGCUUCCGGCGCUUGGAGACGACGCGCAUGGUGAGCGGGCAGUUGCUGACGGACGGCUUGCAACCUGUGUUCAGAUACACUAGCAGCAAUGAGGGCUGGCAACUGGUGAAGGGAGAGAUCGGGAUGCUUCGAAUGCCUGAUGGAAUGAUUGCCUUCACUUUCGAGCACGCCAUGACAAGGAAGCUGGAGAAGGAUCAGGAACUCUACUUCGCGCUCACCUUCCCUUAUUCGCUCGGUCGGAUUUACAGUCACCUGCAAACGGUGCUCCCACGCUUUGUGCAGAGUGGCGCCUAUGUGAAUCGUGAAGAGCUCACUAAGUCGCUGGGAGGCUAUCCUAUCGAGCUUCUGACCAUCACCGAGCGGUCAAAUCGCUCGGCGCAGCGCCUGCCGCUACUGCCGGAGCUCAGCUUGGAUGAGCAGGAUCGUCCUUGGAUAUUCCCUGGGCGGCGACCGAUUUUCAUCAGCGCCAGGGUUCAUCCUGGGGAGACUCCAGCCAGUUAUAUGCUGGAAGGUCUUUUAGACUUCCUCUCGUCCUCCUGUGCAGCGGCCAAAGAAUUGCUGCGGCGCUAUGUCUUUUUCGUGAUCCCGGUGCUGAACCCCGACGGGGUUGCCCAGGGACACCAUCGUUUGGACCUUCGCGGGGAGAACCUGAAUCGGGUCUAUGGCAAAGCGACCCUGGAGCACCAUCCUUCAAUUUUCGCGGCUGAACAAGCCUGCCUGAAUGUGCACCAGAAUCAGGGUGGCCUACGUUUGUAUCUUGAUCUGCAUGCGCACAGCAAUCGCCGUGGUGGCUUCUUGCUGGGCGACACCACUGCCGCAGAAGCGCGACUCUAUGGUUGGGCUUUGGGGAGGCAUUGUGGCAUUUUUGAGUAUGCCCAGAGCGAUUUUUCCGAAUCCAAGCGCGGCACUGGGAAAUCGGCGAUGGUCAAGCUGACUGGAAACCCACUCUGCUUCACGGUGGAGUGUCACUACAUCAGAGGUCAUCAUAGCCCUUUUCCCUUCGGGCCAAAUGCCUGGCGUCGCAUGGGUGCCAGCUGUUUGUUGGCUCUUCUCGAGUUGGACUUCUUAGCCAAGCCCAGGCGUAGCCUUUGCCCGUCCUUGCCAGCCUUCCACGCCCGGUACCGGGAAGGGCUCUGGGCGCUGCGGCAACUGGAGGGGCGGCAAAGCGCCCGAGCCGAAGGAGAUGCCUCCCUGCCCCACACAGCGGACGCCGCGGCGUAUGGCGCCAUGGAGUAUUGGCUCGGGCUCCUGUGUGCAGCCUCCGCUGCCGUGGCGUAUGGCGUGCAGUACGCGCCGGUCAAGAAGUACGAGAUCUACGAUGGCAUUACCUUCCAAUGGUUCAUGUGUGCUGGGAUUUUGAUGGUGGGAUUUUUAUCUUCCAUCGUUUUUGGCGACUUUGGAAUGAAGGACAAUGAGUGCCUUCUGAUCGUCUUUGGUGGUGCACUUUGGGCCUUGUCCAACUAUUUGGUCUUGCCCCUUGUGAAGCUCCUCGGAAUUGGCUUGGGGUUCUCCUUGUACCACUUCGUGAACCUGAUGGUGGGCUAUGUGGUGGGCCGCUUUGGUUUCUUUCAGAUGGAGCGUUUGAAAGGCGAUCUCAUGGUUUGCGACUUGGGUUGUUCUUUGAUAUUGAUUUCCUUCGUCGUCAUGGUCUUCGUGGAAGGUGAUUCCCAGCGUCCACGAUCUCAGCGAGUGACAAUCCUGGAGUUGCCACCAGCCAUCUUUCCCAUCGACCACCACUAUCGGGAGAUGUAUCAACGGUGGCGACAAGGAGAGGCUCGUGGUGCACGCGACCUGCCUGAGUCCUUCGUCAUAGAAACAGCCAUGGCAGUGCGCUCCACCAUGUUUGCUCAUGCCGCACUGGAGAGUGGUAGCAACUUGAAGUCGGUGGGUGGCUUCGGUGUGGUCGCCACGCAAGAGGAGCUGCCGUUGGAAGGCCAGAACUUGGUGAGGCCAGAGACCUUGCGACCAUCUCACUCGCCGAUAGUGCGAAGUAACAGCGAGCCGAGCCUGUCU